GGAAGACAGCGGAGGUGCCGCCAUUUUGCGGGAAGAGGAGAAGCUCCGACUGCAGUGCUGCUUUUACUGCUGAGACUCUGGAAAAUAGCCCUGCUUCGCGCCCCCAACACACCCAAAGGAGCGGAGGAAACCGGGGCCCCCUGCGGGGACCCGGAACUGAUCUGCUACGAUGGCGUCCGAUGACUUUGAUAUAGUGAUUGAAGCCAUGCUAGAGGCUCCCUAUAAAAAAGAAGAGGAUGAUCAGCAAAGGAAAGAAGUUCAAAAAGAUGGCCCCAGCAACACCAACGCCAGCAGCAAUGGCAACAGUGGCAGUGGUACCAGUGGGAGCAGUGCCAGUGGGGAGGCAAGCAAGAAAAAGAGGAGUCGGAGCCCUAGUAAAAGCAGGGAUAGAAAGCGCAGUCGCAGUCGAGAUCGGGACCGGCACAGGCGGAGAAGCACUCGGAGCCGAAGUCGAGAGCGGCAGCGUCGCCACCGCAGCCGGAGCUGGGACCGUCGGCACAGUAGUGAGUCACGCAGUCGGGACCGGCGGCGUGAGGAUCGUGUGCGUUACAGGAGCCCGCCACUUGCCACUGGGCGUAGGUAUGCGCACAGUAAGAGUCCUCAUUUCAGAGAGAAGAGCCCGGUCAGGGAACCAAUUGAUAAUCUGAGUCCCGAGGAGCGUGAUGCCCGCACGGUUUUCUGUAUGCAGUUAGCUGCCCGCAUUCGGCCUCGAGACCUGGAGGACUUUUUCUCUGCUGUCGGCAAGGUUCGUGACGUCCGGAUCAUCUCAGAUCGGAAUUCCCGUCGUUCUAAGGGCAUCGCCUACGUAGAAUUCUGUGAGAUCCAGUCUGUGCCACUGGCCAUUGGGCUGACUGGGCAGCGGCUGCUCGGAGUGCCUAUCAUUGUCCAGGCCUCACAGGCUGAGAAAAACCGACUGGCAGCCAUGGCCAACAACCUGCAGAAGGGUAGUGGUGGACCAAUGCGCCUCUAUGUGGGCUCCCUGCACUUCAAUAUCACUGAGGACAUGCUCCGGGGUAUCUUUGAGCCCUUCGGCAAAAUUGAUAAUAUUGUCCUGAUGAAGGAUUCAGAUACAGGCCGUUCUAAAGGUUAUGGUUUCAUUACGUUCUCAGACUCCGAGUGUGCUCGGCGAGCCCUGGAACAGCUGAAUGGCUUUGAGCUUGCUGGUCGACCUAUGAGAGUUGGUCAUGUGACCGAGCGACUGGAUGGUGGCACAGACAUCACUUUUCCGGAUGGGGACCAGGAGCUGGAUCUGGGAUCAGCAGGUGGACGUUUGCAGCUCAUGGCCAAAUUGGCAGAAGGCUCUGGAAUGCAGCUGCCUACUACCACAGCUGCUGCUGCUGCUGCCGCCCAGGCUGCUGCUGCCUUGCAACUGAAUGGGACAGUUCCCUUGGGGGCCCUGAACCCCGCAGCUCUGACUGCUCUGAGUCCAGCCCUGAACCUCGCCUCCCAAGCAAUCGCCUCCCAGUGCUUCCAGCUUUCCAGCCUCUUUACCCCUCAGACCAUGUAAAUCAGUGGCUCCGUACACUGCCUCCCUGUGCCUCUGGGUACCACUCCCUUUUCCACGUCUACCCUUCCAUGGCCCCUUCUCUCCAUUUUGUGGACCAAGCUAUCCUGAGGGCGUGGAUGUUGACUCUGUGGGAAUUGGGGCCACCUUUAGACUCCAAGAAGAGCUCCUGCCCAGGGCCCCAUCGUGAAUGGACUCUGCUGAGCAAAGCCAGUAGUCGAAGAGGACAGAAUCUGCACCUAUAUUGAACACCUGUUUUUCCGUGUGUGUCAUCUCCCGGGAUGACCUUCAUUGCUCUCUCCGACCAGCUCUUAGUGAUUCCUCGAUUCCUCCCCCGUUGGGAAGGCCGUAGGGCAUUAACUGAGGGAACUAACCUCUCUACUUUUCCUGUACUUUUACCCUACAAUCUGUUGAGGAAAACCCUUGAAGACCUCUAGUCCAAGAGGACUUUGCAGUUUGGAAGGUGAACCUUGAAAGUGCUGGCUUGCUGCUGCACAGGCCCUGGAAGAUGGCAUGGACUGAACAUUGUGAAGCCUUCCUUGGGUCUCAGCUUGAGGCCGGAACUGCUACUGUGGGCUCAGCCUCUUACUGGGAAGUAUGGGAAUAAUCUGUCCUGCCAGGCAUUUUGGAUGUCUUAGGGGCAUUCAGGAGUUGAGUGAAAGGUGGGGUACUUCUCUACUAGGUUCCAUCUUCCUCUGUAUAGUUUUCCUUCCUCCCAGGUCUUUCCUGUGGCCCAGGGUGGGAGGAUGGAGAGAGGAGGCUGCUAUUCUCUACCACUUCCCAUGUGCCUCUACCAUGGGCUCAACCCCAGCUGUUAAAGCUGCUCCUGUCCCCUACCUGGGCACAUGUGAGCCCUUCUCACUGGAUUUUAUACCCUUGUGUCUGUGUACAUAAAAUUGUGUGUGUGUGUGUGUGUGUGUGUGUGUGUGUGUGUGUGUGUACACGUAUACACAUACACAUACGUAUAAACUUUGUAUAAAAGGCAAGCUCCACUGUUGUGGCGGCUGCUGCCCAUGUGUGUGUGGUCUCAGUCAGUUGGUGUAUCUGUCUGAUGUUAAUAACUUUUCAUGAGCCAAAACCGUGAAUGGUUCUAGGAUAUAAAACAUUUGUAAUGCCUUUCUGUUUUUUCCCUUUAAUUUUGUUUUAUCUAACGUUCUUUAGAAAUUAAAAUGGACAAAAGGCACA